CCUAUAAAGGAGCAGGGCUUAAAUUUGGAAUAUUUCCUAAAAUUGCAUCUCAUACUGGUGUUUUAUGGAAAUCUUUAGGAAAAAAUCAGGAAAGUUUUGAAUCAUUAAUAACUCAACUACGGGAAUACAAAUUGCAAAGAGAUUCUAAUGGACUACCGAAUGCAUAUUCUAUGCCUUACUCAUUUAAUCAAGAUACUCCAUUAAGUUGGUGGACAACUUGUGAAGUAAAUCCAAAUCAAUUACAAUAUCUUGCUUUGCGACUUUUUUCUAUUACACCAAGUAGUGCAGCUUGUGAACUUUAUUGCUUUAAUCUUUCUCAGAUUGGAUUAGAAUCUAAACAUACAAAAAACAAAGAAUUAACAAUAAAUGAUAUAUAUGCAUUAGUUAAUUCUUUGUUUGAUAAUAUUGAAGAGAAGGAUAAUGAUUCACAAGAUGUUGAAAUUGAUCAAGCAACUAUUUUGGAUUCUAUUUAUCCUACUACUACAACUGAAAAUUUAAAAUUAGAAAUCAGUACAUUUGUUGAUUUUAAUUCACAAAUCUUUGAAUCAUUUAAUAGCAAUAAAAAUAAUUUUAUUGCAGAUGAGAAUUCUGAAGACAAUGAUACAAGAAAUUUUGAUGAUUACGAUCCGGAAACUAUUGUUCAAAAUAUGGGACUUGAUGAG